CCAUAGUUAAGAAAAUAUUUAUAUAUAUAUAUGUACAUGGAUUGUCACUCUAUUUCUUAUCAAAUAUAUGUUAGCCUGUAGGAAGUAAGAUAAAAAUACCACUUCCUUUGGUUUAUUUAGAUAUGGCCUGAAGAAUAAUUUCUUGAUUUAGUGCUUGUAAAUUCAAACGAUCAUAUAAUAUAUAUAAAUAUCAACUAGUUAUAGGGUUUCUGUAUAAUUGUUCAAACAGUGUGGUGUAUUUGUGAAUUAGUAAUUAAAUUUUAAAAUUCAUAAAGAAUUGCAUACCAAAGAAACUUCAAGGAAUAUGUGUUUAUAAUUCGAUGAGACAUAAUGACUAACAAACUUGCUUUUAAACAUAAAAAUUCAAUGGCUUUAAACGAAAAAAAAAUGAUAUCAGAAGAAAGUGGAUCAAAAAGUUCUUAUUUAUAUUCUAAACCAUUUAGAAUACCAACUUUUUUAAUUAUUACAUGUUGCAUUUUUUUGGGAUAUUGGUUUAUCAUGUGCCCAUUAAUAUGGGCAUUAUUGUGCCACUCAUCUUUUAUUACUCAUGCUUGGCCUAAAUUCUGGUCCAUUAUAUUUUGGAUAGUAGCAUUAAUAAUUUGGAUUCUUAUUAUGAUAUUUUUAAUAAGUAUUUGGAAAUGCAUAAAAGGUAAACAUAAUAUUAAUGUAAAAAAAAGAUCAUAUGGAUCAGACAGCACAAAUUAUCCUUCACAAUCAUUAGGAGAAGAUAUUCAACCAAUGAUAGCUAAAGAUAAAAGCAAUGAUAAAACAUCAAUUGAUUUUGAUUUAUCAUCAAAAGAUUAUGAUAAGAAAAGUAUAAAUAAUUCCAAAGCAACUGACAAUACAAUCCAGAAAAAUUCAAAAAGAAAACGUGAUCUUCCACCUUUAGUAAUCCACAGAAAAAUGUCAAAAAACGACAUUGAAAAUGUUAAUAUAGUAACUACAGAAAAAUCACCAAAAAAAGAUGAAGAAUUACAAAUUGAGGAUAUACAAGAGACUAAUGUUAAUAGAAAUUCUAUAAAGAAUUAUUUGAAAUUAGUAACAGUCACUCCAUUGGAAGAAAAUAAAAAUAUUAUAUCACCAAAAACACCAAUGUCUCCAAGAGAUUUAUUUUUUAUUGAUUUGAUAAGAGAGGCAGAAAAAGCCGAGAAAAAUAAAGAAAGUGAAAAAGAAGAUUUAAGUAAGAGACGUUGGUUUCUUCCAGAGCAUACAAUACCAUCAAUUAUAGAUUCUAUUGAUAGUAAAACAAAUAAUUCUGAUAGUAAAAAUAGUAAAAAAGAUGAUUCUGAUAAAGAUAAUAAAGAUGAUGGAAAGCAAGUUGAGAGAGAAUUGAAUUAUUUUAUUGCAGAUAUAGAAAGCCCGAAAAAUGAGAAAACUGAAAUAUUUAUAGAAAUUAAUAAAACUUUAGAAACUGAUAGCAAAAAAGAAUCUAUAGAUCUUUGUACAGUUAAAAUGAAUGAAAACAAUCCUAUACUUGCAUUUGAAAAUAAAUUUGCAGAAAAAGAUGGUUUAAAAGAAAAUAGAAACAUGUAAAAUGUAGAUUCAUUUAUUUGUAGAUUUUUAUUUUUAGUUUUAUAAUCAAAAUUAAAUUUAUUAUAAUUAUUUAGAAUAUGUAAACAUGCAAAGAACAUAAUAAAGCAAUUAAUUAAGUGAUUCCAAAUGAUAUAUAUAUAUAUAUAUAUAUAUAUAUAUAUAUAUGUAUUUUGGAUUUUUUAUAAGCAGAUCCUUAUUUAAAGCUAUGAUUUACAAAAGCAUAUUUAAAAAUAUUAAUUUACUCUAAAUAUUAACUUAAUGUGACUAUUUAAAUAAUCAUACACAAGUAAAUAAUGUUGAUCUAAUAGAUAUAAGUAAGUUUGAAUUAACAACAUGGUGUCAGCAUUCUCUUUUAUUUCAGAUGAU